GUCCACAGUGACAGAUUAGCACAACUAAGACAUAGAAAUGCCGUCAUAGUGAGAAUGAUACAACAGAGAAUGAUGAUCCACCCAAAUUGCAGAGACAUUUUACAAGUAGCAGAAUAUUUUUUUAUCUACUCAUACUGUCAAUUGAAUCAUACAUCAAAACAAGUUCUUUCUGAACUUUUCACUUUCAUCAUAGAUUUGAAGACAUAUGAGUUAAAAUUUAUUCGGUUUCUGAUUUGUAUUUGCGAAUAGCAACCAACUGUUCUGCUUGAACUCCUCUUUUCCUUUCGACCAAGAUAUUUUUUAAGUGCCGGUCGGCCUAUCUGGCCAUUUAACAACUUCGGUCGAAAACAAAACAUUUGUGUUUCAAGUCUGAAUUGUGCUCACGUGUUGUUUGGCUUGAUUGGAACUGACAGUAGUACCCUGAAAACAACAACAACAACAUCACAGAGUGUGUGCCAGGGUUCAAAACAGUUUUUUUGCAGAGGCGGAAGACGGGAGGGUGGGGGUAGUUGAGUUGUGCUGUGCUCGUGGCUAGAACUGUUCAUGUUCGUAUGAGGAGUGGGGUGGGGUGGGAACAUGGUCUAGAUUGGGUUGGUGUGACGGCUAAGCUCAAGUGUAAACAGCCCCAAACUAACUUGCAUAGUAUUUAACAGUAGCUUAUUCCUGGUCCCCUCUAUAUUGCAACUACUGCACUUCACCUGUGCGCUCUCUCUCUCUCUCUCUUACCACUCUCUUACCAAUCAACUCAACUCUCUUACCGGUCCAGUCCAGUUCAGUUCAGCUGAGUGGAGUGCAGUUAGCUUUCCCUUCAGUACUCUGUUUGUGUUAUUUAUUACGUGUCUAUCUCUGAUUGUGCAUGUGCAUGUGUGUGUGUGUGUUGUGUGUGUGUGUGUGUGUGCUUGAGGCCACAGACGUGUCCAAUGUACCUCCGCAGGGCCACAUUCAACAACAAAACACACUCAUUAAACACUACUACUGCAGUCCAGCGAGUCCCAAACUAGCCUUCAAUUCCAUUCCUAUUCUGCUUCCCCCUACAACCAAUUACUACCCUUUAGUUUAUGAUUUCCCACUUUUAUUCACUUUAUGCUGAACACUUUAGUCCAUAAUUGUUAGCCUGUCGUCUGUCUCAAAUAUUUCUCCAUUCCACUAUUGUCACUUUCAAUUCACGUUUCAUUUGGUCCAACUCUCAAAACACAGUUUGUUAGUGGCCCCGAGCACAUAUGGGCAGAACAAAACUGUUCAGCAAUAGCCCUUGCAGCAGUUGUUAUUCUCCUGCUAUUGUGCUGCUAUUGCCCUGUACCUGUUAGUUGUGUUGUGCUGUUUAUGUACUAAGCAUUCGGCCACACGAACACACCAAUAUCCAUUUAUGACACUUAUUCAAUAAAACAUUCAAUUUUCAAUGAUCGCUCUUUACCUUUGUGGGAAGUGGCCAUGCUCUAUAGAAUAGACCACUAGCCACACUAGGGCCAUGAACAACUCUUACCAUUCUCUACUUUGCUUCCAUUUUUCCUUCUCUUUUUCUCGCCAUUUAAUUUAAUUUAAUUUAUUUUCAUUUCCAUUUUUGUCACCUAUUUUUAUGCAACUGUUUAAACAAUGGCGCAUCUCUUUUCUUCUUCUUCUUCUUCUUCUUCUUCUUGCGCACAAAUCAAAUCACCAAACAACAAUUCAACACCACUCAACCAUUAUUAUACAUGCAUACACACAUUAUGCGACAUCAAUUUGCAGAUCAGCAAAUCCAAUGCAGCAUAAAAUCCAGUUUUGUUCACAGAGCGUGAACGAAUAAAGGAGCAGGAUUGAACGAACAAAGAAGUGCUGCUCGAGUUCUAUUACCGAUCAGAAACAGGCCGCCUCAUUUUGGCUUUCUCCCUUUCAUCCUCCUCUCCCAGUUUUCUUUUCAUUUCCUGGACUGCUUUUAACUAAUUGUGGGGGUUGGACUUACCAACUGUGUGUUGGCUACAGUUGUUUGUAUAGUUAUAAGCGAAGUGGGUGAAGAGUGUUCGGACUGGUGGUGCCACAUUCAUACAUUAGAGACACUGACUCUGAAGUGGGCGAGUGAGAAUGGUGGAACAGAUAGGGGGUCCUUUGGGGGGUGUCUCAUUUAUCCAGCACCACCUUCCCCAACCUCAGAACAUCCAGAACAGUCCCACUGAAGAGACCACAAACAACAACAACAACAACAACAGCUCAAACGGAGACCACCACACCUACAGUUCAAUCAACAACAAUAGUAACAGUUACAACAGUAGCAGUAGUGUUUCCAACAGCAACAACAUCACCCGCCCUCUGGACUUGCAAGAGAGACCAAACAACCUCCUGCUCUCUUCUGCCUCCAGAGGCCAGUCUUGUGAUGAACUGCAGUCUAGCUCAUGUGGCGGCUCUGCUGAUUUGCUGGGCAACAACACCAACAAUAGACUGGGGGGCUUCUCAUUCCCCCCAACCAGUGCAACCCCUGAACCCCCCUCCUCUCUCCAUUCCUCCCAGCGCAACAUGAACAACAACAACAGCAGCAGUAACAGUCACUCUACAUCUCCAUUGGUGCGCUGCUACAGCCAAUCACAGGCCGACACAAUGGGAGCACAGCACCUGAACGGGUUCCAGACGGAGGGCAAUCCUCAGAGCAAUGGGAGUGGGGGUGGGGGAGGCGGAGAGGGGGGCUAUGGGGCGGAUGACAUGCAGGAGAGGAUAGACUUGUUAGAGCGGGAGAAGAAAGUGCUUCAAUAUCACAACCAAUUCCUCAAGGAGGAAUUGGAGAGCCACAAGAAGCAGAUAGCUGAACUGCACACUACAGUGGCUGACUUGAGGAAGAGAAACAUCAGAUACCAGAACAUUCUGACGUCUUAUGAGCAGAUCACGGCGGCUGGCUUCAACAACCUCGACAAAAGCAAGACCAACGCCAAUGUCAUGUUCCAGAACCAAAGCCAGAGUCUGACGAGUGACGAUGACAACAUGAGUGAGAAGGCGCUGACUCCGACCUCAUCCACCGGCACAGAGUCAGACAGUGCGAAGUCCAUACAGCCCCACCACUCAUCCCACCCCCACCCCACACAUCAACAACAACAGCAACACCCCAACCUACAGAUUCCAUCCUCCACUCUCACGUCAAACAACUGCAACCGGCAGACCACAGGUGCAGUUGAUCCAAAGAGAUCCCCAGUAGUGGGAGGAGUAGGAGAGUGGGACUAUAGACCCCCCGAGUUCUCUUUCGCCCCCACCGACCACCGACCGCUUCCCUCGGAGAGACCGAGUCCCCUCUCACACCACACGCGGCAGAGAUCCCUACAAUACUGUCACUCAAACUCGCCCAUUGUGGGAGGCAGCCAAAACAACACCAUCAAACAGUCUGGCCGUCCAUCCAGUCCUUUAGUGGGGGGAUAUCCGAGAGGAGGGUCCCAUAAUAACGACGAAGCAGAUGAUGUGCAGUUCAGUGUAGGGGGAGCACGACCACCAUCCGAUGCGCCAUUCCGAUCCUUGUCGAAUGCUGGCAACGCGAGAAUGAACUCAUUGGGGGGCGGACAUGUGGCCACAGGUACACCCAUGACACCACAACAUCCGAUCAGUUCCUCUGCCACUCUGAACAGCAGAGCCAGCUCAUGCAAUGAGCGGAAAGUGGCGCCGGGACCUCCCCCACGCACAAGUGCACUGAGCAAACUGGACAACAGAAACGACAAGUGCUGCAGUGUGCCAAAUUUGAAUGUGUAUGUAAAUUCCUCAGAUCAGAGACAACAGACUCAGCUACAGUCACAGAAUCAGGGCUACAACCACAGUCGCAAUAAAGACAGUCUGGAGAGCCAGACGAAGCCAGGGCCUCUGAAGAGAAACAACAGCCUCAUCAGGUUGUUUAGUCGCAAGAGCAGCACAGGCCAACAGUUCUCCAACAAGAAUAAGGAUCCAGGGUCCCCCAUGAAGAGAGGCCAGCCUAGACAGAACAGCUUGGGUGGGGGCAUGUACGGGGGAGGGGGAGGGGGAGGCAGUGAAACGAGCACCCCCAAUCUAAACUCCAGCAGGCACAAUUCAAUAUCCUCGCACACAUCCUUAGCUGACAGCCAUCAAGUUCCCUUCCAGCAAUGGGAUCGUCUGAUGGUCGCAUCGUGGCUAGAGCGACUGGGUCUGGGCCAGUACGUGGGAUCCUUGUCGUCCAGUGCCACCGGAGCCUCCCUGGUCUCCGCUGGACCCCACCACUUCGAGAAGCUACUGGGCAUGAAGAACCACCUGCACAGGAAGAAGUUGAUGUUGGCCAUGAGGUCCCAACUGAGUCCCAGACCCAACCCAGUCGACCACAUAGACCACCAGUGGGUGAUCAGAUGGCUAGAUGACAUCGGACUUCCCCAGCACAAGGAGGCAUUCGCUGAGGCCAAAAUAGACGGGCGAGUGUUGUACUACUUGACCUUCGAUGACCUGGUCAGUCUGAAGGUGUUCAGCGCCCUCCAUCAGAUCAGCAUCGGCAGGGCAGUCCAGUGUCUCAGAACCCAACAGUGGAACCCACACUGUCUAGUCAGGCGGCCACACCCACAGCAAUCCCAACCCCCACACCCUCCGCCCUCUCCCUCGCCCGGGAUAAUGGGAAGUGGGGUAGGAGAGGAUGGUGGUAUGGACCACGGCCUCCAGAUGCACCCCUUGCCCAUGGACCAGAGUGGGCAGCCGAGUGGCCAUGGGAGUGGGUUCCAGGAAGACCUGAUGUUAUGGACCAAUCAUCGAAUUAUGGACUGGCUCAGGAGCAUAGACCUGUCCGAGUAUGCCCCCAACCUGAGAGGCAGUGGAGUGCACGGGGGUCUGAUGAGUCUGGAGCCGAGGUUUGUGGGGGAGACACUGGCAGAUGUGUUGUGCAUCCCCAACAGCAAGACUCUCCUCAGGAGACACCUCAUCACCCAGUUCAACAGACUAGUGGGCGCCCCCUGCGAGGAACUGAAGCGAAUGGUCGAAAUGUCAGGCCACUUCCAACUCCUUUCCCCCAGCAUGAAGGUGAAGUGUCCCCCUCGCAGGGCAAGGGGUAGACGGUCACGUGACAAAGGGGGGACCCUGGACGACCUGGUCUGUCCACUGGAGUUCGAGGUGCCCAACUUCAUCUCUCCCAAUAUAUUGCCCCAGGGCUACCUGAUCAGGAGUGAACACUUCACCAACAUCCCCCUCUCGCCCUCCUCACUUCUACUCCUCCAACCCCACAGAUCUCCCUCUCGAUCCACUCUGGACUCCAUGUCCACUCUGGGCAGACAGUCGGCGGCAGGCAGUCUGGAGGACUUAGUUGGGGCAGGGGCUGGGACAGGAGGGGCGAUGGGAGUAGGAAUGGGGGGCAUGUUCGUGGGGGAGGACGAGGAUGCGGCAUUCACAGCAGAGUCAGUGCAAGAUAUCUCCAUGCUGUCCACUCAGAUUCAGUCUCUCACAUCCCAGCUGUCACAUGACCAGGAGCACAACAGCUGAACAACCAGCGACGACACACCUGCGAGAGAACUGACUAUCAAAUCAGAACAGAAUGAUGUCGUUUCUGUGCAAGUCCACCAGGGAGACUUAAUUUUUCAAUUUUAACACUAGACUCAAGUUUGCAGUUACAAACACUCACUGUACCAAUUUAUAUAGCAACGUAAAUUGUAAAGUAGACAGAGUUAAAUGAUAAAUGUUUCUAAUUUGAAAUUGACUUUUUUUCUACGUUG